UCUCUCCCUUAAUCGUCGUGAGGACGAAAAAACGAAUUUCCCUUUCUGUUACACACAACCCGAAACCCUAAUCACACACCUUCCAUCUCUCUUCCCGUAAUCCAACCUCGUUUAAGUGCCCUCCCCUCCUUCCUUUCCCGUAUUCCCUUAUUCAUUUCUGAAAAACCCUAAUUUUUUUUCUCUUCUUCUUCUUCUUCCCCUUUUUGAUACCUAAAAUUUUUACAGGAGGAACUCUGAGUCUAACCCUAACCCUAACCCUAAUUCUUCUUCGUCUUCCUCUCCAAUUCACUAUUUUUUUUGCACGAAUACUUUUCCAUUGUUCCACUGUUCUAGAUCCGAACGCAUUUAAUGGGCUCUGUUGAAGCAGAAGCACAAAGAAAACACAGAAGGUCACCUGAAAAAGAAGAAGAAGAAGAGGAGGGAGAGAGCACGCAAGCAUCAAAGAGAAGAAAACACCAUGGACGUCACCACCACCAUCACCACCACCAUCGAAGCAAGAACAAGCAUCGGAAGCAGACAAAGGAUUCCCAGCCUGUUACUGCCAUGGCUGAAGAUGAUAAGGAAGAAGGUGAGAUAUUUGAGGAAGGAGAAAUCCCUGGAGUGAAGGAGAGCAUUUUAGUGGAAUCAGAAAUUGAAUCGGGAGAGAUAAAGCCUGGUGAUUCAAUCUUUGAUGAUAUAUCAACCAAGAAACUUGUGCAAUCCUCGCCUUCAAAGGUUGUUCAUGUCGAUACCAAGGGUGAUGAGAACAUGGGAACUUUUAAUUGGUAUGAGAAGAAUGCAGAUGGUAAGGUUGAGAUGAAGGAUGAUGUUCUGAAUGGAGAAGAUUUAGAGGACUUAUCUGCGGACACAGACACCGUUAAACUUCGCGGAUGCUCUGUACAUCAAGAAGAUAUUGGUCAGGGCUUCACACGUAUUGAUUCUAAAUUGCAUGAUAAGGAUGCCGAGUCUAGGAAAAAAGGGGACACCUUAUUGAAAAACAAUGCUAAAGAUCUCAAAUCCAUGAAAAGAAAGGAUGUGUCUUUUCAAUAUGAUGACGUUUUUCAAUAUGAUGACGUCCACAUGAGGCAGCUAUCUAUUUGUAAUGGGGAGACUCUGCAUGGUAAUUUUGAGGAGGGUGUUCAUUCACGUAAUGAAAGAAAGAAUCGGGAUGCCUACUCCAGCACUAAGAUCUCCAUCAAUGAUACAAGGAUUGAUACGAAGGAAAGAUCGCCAGUUGCUAAAGAAAAAUCAGCCUCCACAAAAUAUAGGAUAAGUGAUGCUGCUGAGGAUAUUGCCAGGAAGUCUCAUGAUGCAGAGCAUAGAUCUGCCAAAAACAAUGAAAGAAGACACUCAGAGUCCAUAGAACUUUGCAGGGAUGGUUCAGUGCAUAAGAAACAUUCUCUUUCACCUGAAAGUUUCAAGGAUGAUCACGACAGAAGGGGCCAUUCUCAAUUAAAAGAUAGGCAACACGAUGAUGUUUAUACCAGGCAUAUGCCUAGCUCUCGUGAUUCUAUUACGGAAAGGGUGUCCCAAUCUAGAGAUCACAGGGUCAGAUCUCGAUCUUACGACAGGUAUCAUGAUGAUGACCAUGGAAGGAACCGGUCAACGUCACGUGAACAUGCUUAUGAAAGGGCAUCUCGAUCUCGAGAUACAACACAUGACAGAGGCUAUUCUAGAGACGUUUAUGAGAGGAUUUCAACAUCUCACCAUUCAAGGUCGUACAAGGAUAGCAGUGAUCUAGCAAGACGUUCUGUUUCAAGGGAAAACAGGAAGAUUGAUACUGAUCGUGAUAAGUUAGGGCAUCAUGUACUUGAUACUAGAAGGGAUCGUCAUGGUAGUCGAGACCAUGACAGAGGUAAUCGACAUGGCAGUCGAGAUCUUGACAGAUUGGAACAGCAUGGUAGUCGAGACCGUGAUAGAGGUGCAGACAGGGAUUGGGUGCGAGAUAGGGACGGUAGUCAUAAAGAUGGUGAUGGGGUUUUAAGUAGACGUGGUGGGAGAGAUGGUGGGCAUGGAAACCGUGAUCGUGACAGAGAUAGUUAUGGAGAGAGAGACAGGGACAGGGAUAGGGAUAGGGAUGGCGAUAGGGAAUGGAAUAGGCAGAAGACUAUGGAUAUGGAUAAGGACAAGGAUAGGAAUAGAGAGAGGAAUAAGGAUAGGGAUCGAGACAGGGUUAGGGAUAAUUGGGAUGGUAAAUACGAUGGACGUUAUCACAAAGAUCGACGUAGUGGUCGAGACCGGCCUAAGGAUUCCAGAAAUGAGAAGUCUGAUGAACGGGAACGUGGCAGGGAUGGUGUGAUGAAGGAUUCUCGUGAAGGCCCUGAUAGCAGCAGAGAGGAUGAUGCUGAAGAGGAUUAUGAAGAACGAAUUGCACUGCAGCUAGCAGAGCAGGAAGAGGAAGAUGUUGAGAGGGUGAAAGAGGAGAGCAGAAAGAGGAGGCAAGCGAUUCUGGAGAAGUAUAAACAGCAGCAGGCACAGCAACAAGCAGAGUUGCUUCAACAUGAUCGAACAGGAGAGGAGGCAUCAGAUACUGAUAAAGGGCAGGACGAGCAGUUGAUUCAGGUGGUAAAUUCUGAGGAUAGUACAAAUCCAGUUCGUGCUGAAGGAAGUAACAAUAAGAAUGAUAUAUCAGAUUUGCUUGUUGCUGAUCCGUCAUUCUCUCUGAGGAAGUCUCCUCUGCAGAAUGGAAAUUUGACGUCGGAGAGGCCAUUGGGUGCUGGUGGACUUGGUGAUGGUUCUCCAAAGAGUGAGAGGUCAGAAGAUAUGUUCUGUGAUGAUAUAUUUGGAGAAUCACCUGCUGGGGUCCGUAAACCGGGUAAAGGUGAUGGAUUGCAUGUUGAUAGGAGUGGACUUCAUGACAACUGGGAUGAUGCCGAAGGAUACUACUGUCACCGUAUUGGAGAAGUUCUUGAUAGCAGAUACGAAGUUACUGCAGCCCAUGGUAAAGGUGUAUUCUCCACAGUCGUUCGUGCGAAGGAUCUUAAAGCUGGGAAGGAAGAACCUGAAGAAGUAGCUAUUAAAAUCAUACGUAAUAAUGAGACCAUGUACAAGACAGGUUUAGAGGAGCUUAUCAUACUGAAGAAGCUGGCCGGGGCUGAUCCUGAGGAUAAGCGCCAUUGUGUUAGGUUCAUCUCAAGUUUUAAGUACAGGAAUCAUCUUUGUUUAGUUUUUGAAUCACUUAAUAUGAAUCUUCGGGAGGUUUUAAAGAAGUUUGGUCGUAAUAUUGGCCUUAAACUAACUGCUGUAAGGACGUAUGCAAAGCAGCUUUUCAUUGCAUUGAAGCAUCUUAAGAAUUGUGGUGUCCUGCACUGUGAUAUAAAACCAGAUAAUAUGCUGGUAAAUGAAGCAAAGACUGUGCUCAAGCUUUGCGAUUUUGGUAAUGCCAUGUUUGCGGGCAAAAACGAGAUUACUCCGUACCUUGUGAGUCGCUUUUAUCGUGCCCCUGAAAUAAUUCUUGGGUUGCCAUACGAUCAUGCUCUGGAUAUAUGGUCGGUUGGUUGUUGCUUGUAUGAGCUUUAUUUAGCGAAGGUCCUCUUUCCUGGUCCUUCAAACAAUGAUAUGUUGCGGCUUCACAUGGAAUUAAAGGGUCCCUUUCCAAAGAAGAUGCUCAGGAAGGGUGCUUUUACUGAUCAGCAUUUUGAUCAAGAUUUGAACUUUCAUGCUACAGAGGAGGAUCCUGUUACCAAGAAGACUAUAAAGAGGAUGCUUGUGAACAUCAAGCCCAGGGAUAUUGGUAGUCUAAUAUCACCUUCCCUGGGUGAGGACCCCAAGAUGUUGAAUAAUUUCAAAGAUCUCCUUGAAAGAAUAUUUGUGUUGGAUCCAGAAAAGCGAAUGACUGUGUCUCAAGCACUGAGCCACCCUUUCAUCACGGGCAAGUGAAAAAUGAUGCUGCUUUCCUAACUCCAGAAUUGCUCUUGAGUUAGAUAUGUAUACGUUUUAUGUUAGUUGAUUUUCAUUUAAUCUGACCAAUGGACAUUUGUCCUGUGUGUCGCCGUCUUCAUGGCACUUUGCCGAGAGCGAGCGGUACAAGUUCCUGGCGAGGAUGAACCGUGAAACUGAUGAUGUUGGUUCGAAGACCUUUCCUACUUGGCGGUUCUUAUCAGUGGGGAUGUGUUCUGUUCGAUUGAUGUCUUCCAUUGCUCAUGUGGCUAGCGAUUCAGUACCUUAGAUGCUAAAGGGCGGCAUAAAGAAGGCAUUUGGACUGGAGAUGGAUGGGCUGUGGUCAUUAUGUUGCUAUUCUGAAUAACUUGGUAAUAAAUGUGAUCCUUUGACAGAGGAAUCUUGUACUGAAGUGAUUUUGAAAUGCAAUCUCGAUGAGUUUAAUUACAAGUCCUUUCUGCAAUGUAUCAGGACAAGAAAACAAUGUGGAUGGCAGUGAACAAUGAAAUCAUGCUUCUCAUGCUUGGAUUUCUCAAGCUGCCAAUAGCUGUGUCACUUGCCAACUGGCUCUUUGAAGUUCAAGUCCAGCAGUAGUUCUCUUGGGCUAGUGGUGUUUCCUUGUUUUAUUUGGAUUUGAAUACAUCUUGGAUGUGGUCAGGACGAUCGGCAGACGGCAGCUGAACCCAAUCGGCUCCAUUCACAUGCUUCAUGGGAUGGAGGCUGUUGGCACUUGAUGAAACAAUAUUGGGGACUUGCUGAUCCAACCCCUAGGGGCAAUUGCUAUCCCCUGCUCCCCUAAUACCCAUUUGACCUACAUCCCUUCCCUCUCUUCAUUUCCCUUUUUGUUCCACUGUAUGGCCAAACCAUGCAUAUUAAUUCACACUUUGCAGUUGAAUGAAUAAAUUGUUGGGAGGGGUUUGGUAGGGAGUUGGUGGAAGAGAAGGAAAGGAAAGGCUCUUUUCUUGAAAUGUAGAAAGCAUUAAUAGCGAACUUCUAAAAUUCAUUGGUUGUAGGAGGUAUGUGAGAUUUUACGUAGUGUGUGUGGGAGAGAUAGGGAGAGUUCCAUGCAUGAAGGGUUCUAUUUAACUGAGAUUCUGAGAAGCUUUUGUGCUUUUCUGUUUCUUAUCUUCCCAUGCUUUCUCUCAUUUACAUGCUUCCCUUUUAGGUUCACUGCGGUGUGCUAUAUUUUAUUGGGUGAUGUGAUCCACAAUCAUUGCACUGCAAUUUAUGUAUGUUAUUUUGUUUUUUGUGUUAUAGAAAUGAAAAUUUAGAUUUUGAGUAAAUGAUAAAAACAAACCAAACUAUGUAUCAAAGGCCAGCUUUUGACCCUUUAUCUAUUGAUUGCGCUGGUUCAUGUGGAAACCAUCACUAUAUGUUACUUCGUUUUUAUGCUUUUUUUAUACUAUUGAUUACAUUUUGUAAAUGUUAAGAUUCACUUUUUAGGACUUGUAGUGAACUAGUAACUUAUCUACAAAGUCAGAAGGGAUAAUAUUAAGUCUAUCAACAAUAUUAGUGUGUGCAGCAAUGACACGUCUGGAAAUGGAGCUAUGUAGAAAAGAUGCAAGAGGUUGGUUUAGAGGUAAUUUGGGAUUUGAAGACAUUACUGUUGCAUAAUGGGAGCUGGAUUGUGAGCACGGGAUUGCUGUUUGCUAGAAGCUGCUUCACUAGGGAGCACCAUGGAGUUCUUAUGCAAUAAAUUUUGCAAAUGUAUAAGUACUCGAAAUUGGUUUUGGUACUCAGGUAGUUAUGUUAGUUUGGUCUUGACACUUUUGUUACUGGAGUUCUCUUGUGAACAAAAAAUAUGCUUGAGUUCUCUGCUGCAUUUGGUUUAGAAUUUAAGUGUUCCGCCUUCUUUAAAGCCCAAAGUUUACCUUGUGAUCCAUUUUGUGGUUCCCACAAUGGAGAGUGCCGGAGAAAAUGUGGGGUUCUUCCUUGACAACUUUAGAAGGAAGGGUUUUCCAAGAAAACGGGGAACACAUUCCCACAAGCUUGGGAAUUCAUUGUCAACAAGUUUGUUCUUCCAAAUUGCAAAACCCUGUUCAGGGUGCCAGAGUGCCACCUUAGUUCGAAUAUUCAUCCCCCAAAAGAAAAAGAUCCAGUAACUAUGGUAUGGAUUGCGAUGCUUCUUCUCGUGGGGAAUGAUCUACUGGAGGGAUAUGGGGUUGCAUUUCAUUUGCGUAUCGACAAAGGGGAUUCCUUGAUCAGAGUGGUUUGUUGAUGGUUGGCAAUGGCAAAGUGUUUAUGGUUUGAUCGAUGGUGUUAAUAUUGCGAGGAGUACCUUUGAGUUGUGAAAUUGUUAAUAACAUGCUACUCUUUAUAUAAUGGGAACUUAUUGUCUUUUAUAUUA